AUGCCCAUACCUAUACCAACCUCAGAUGAAGAGUACGAUCUAUUCCCCAUCCUCAGUCGCCAGCAGAUCGACGCCGCUCGGACAUCCUCAUGGUAUGAUACCUUUGAAGAUAUAACUUUUGAUAGUACCGUCAUUGAUCUAUCGGAUUUAGGAGAGGAAGAGGAGUUCUUGCAUUGGCUUGAAGCAGAUUCGAUAUUCUUACCCGAAGGGAGUGAAGGACGAUAUCCUCCCGAGUCAUGUACCUCACCCACUCGUCGACGAUCAUCUUCAAAUGCCUCUUUGUCUAGCGAAUCAUCCGACGCACCGGUCUAUCACCUACCUAAAUUGAACGCAGCUAUACGGCAGGUCAUAGAGAAAUAUGAUGGGUCGGUAUUCCCCAAGCUCAACUGGACUGCCCCAAAGGAUGCAGCGUUCAUACUCCCUCAGACAUCUUCCGGUCCACUGCAUUGCACUUCCCCAUCGGACGUAUACCUCUUGCUGAAAUCCAGCGACUUCAUUUCCCACGACCUUGAUCCCACAAGAGCCUAUCUUGAUUGCUCUUCGGACCAACAAGGAGAAGGGAGUGGGGGUGCAAGAAGACCGAAAUUGGAGUUGGUCCUAAAACGGUUUCAGGAUAUAAAUCCUUCAAGGGAGGUUAGAUGUUUCGUAAGGAAUAAUACUCUUAUAGGUAUAACACAGAGGGAUAAUGUAUUCUACGAUCAUCUUCAAAAUGAGGAUACCAGAAUCAAAAUAUGUGAUACGGUGAGAGCAAUUUGGGAAGAUGAGAUAAGAGAGAAUUAUAUGGACGGUGAAGCUGGUGAUUACAUAUUCGAUCUAUACCUUUCACCGAAUUUUGUUUCAGCCCAAAUAAUAGAUUUUCAACCCUAUCGAUCAUCCGUCGAUCCUCUGUUGUUCACUUAUGAAGAACUUUUAUCGAUACUCAACUCUUCGACCCAGCCUCUGCAAGAAAGCGAAAAUGCAAUUAGAAGUAGAUUACCGAUAUUCAGAAUUAUCGAUUCGAAAGCACACCCUUCGGUUAGUAGAAACGCACCAACCUAUCAAUCUAAUAUGAUGCCAUUGGAGAUGAUUGAGUUGAGCCAGGGGAGGAGUAUGCAGGAAUUCAAAGAUGCUUGGGAUGAGGCUGUUGCACAAGGUAUGACUGAGUGA